GUUCAGCUGCGUGUAAGUCGACUUGGCUCUGUCUGGCGAGCCGCUUUCAUUGUAGGUACACUGUACUCACAUCUAUGUACUUAACUUGCAGCUGAGGUUAUAUGGAGUAGCAUAAGUGGCAUUUGAAUAAUUCGGAAAUUAGAAUACCCAAUAUGAAGUCUUGUACGUAAUUUGUCUUGCCCUUUGGGUGUCCAUGAAAAAAUUACCAAGUUUGAUAUCAAACUUAAUCAGAUGAUGUCACAGAGGAAUUUAGAACCUCAGACCCACAUUAGACAAGCAGUCAAUGCUGAUACAGAACUUCUUCAAGACACCUUAGUGUGCGGUGUUUGUCAAAAGCAUUUUGCCUUGUCCGACAUUUUGGAAUUUAUCCAACACAAAGUUGAAAAUUGUAAUAAGGAAAAUUGUUUGCCAUUCGACGAAGGCAACGAUGACGACACAUAUAUUUUGCCGACUGGAAGACCUAGAUGGGUUGGAAACAGAAGUACGCCUCUUUCCUACAAGCUGGAUGACACAGUUAGGUCUUUCUCGACUUCUUCUGAAGGACUUCAUUUUGAAGAAGAACGAUCAAUAGACUCGUCACCAUGUCAAAUGAAAGUAAGAAAACGGGUGCAUUCUAUGGAUGCGUUAUGUCCAGAGGAAUCCAUCAAAAUAAGGAAAGACGGUGAAAAAGAACCCAAAGAACCAAGCAGCUAUAUCUGUUCCACCUGUAUGCAGUCUUUUGCUUCAGCCUGGAUUCUGUUACAGCAUGUGCAGCACAUUCAUGAUAUGAAGAUUUAUUUGGACACAGACAGCAUCAAGGAAAGUAAUCUAGAUAAUGUUAAAUCGAUCUCCUUCUGUCUAGAACAGACUGACACAUCUCUCACUUCCAGUACUUUACCUGAAGAAAACUUGGUAUCUGGGGAAGACAGGUUGAUUCACCCAGUUAUGCAAGUGCUGAGUAUUCCCCUUGGUGAACAAGAACCAAAAGUUUCACUUAGCAGUAACUAUUCCCUUCAUUCAUGUAGUCAAGGAACCAGGCUGGAUAUUACUGAGGAUACUUACCAAAAGCCGAACCCAAACAGCACCUCAAAUCUUGGCUUGCCUCUCUCAAGUUAUACCUUUAAUAAAAGUCACUCUUGUCACUCUCAAGUUGGUUCUAUAGGUCUAAAACAGGCUGCCACAAAUCUAAUGUCCAGUACUUUAAUUAAACAAAACUCGGUAUCUGGUGGAGGCAAGACAAUUUACCCAACUCUGCAGCUACUGCAAUUUCCCUUUGGUAAAAAUCAGCUGCACAGUUCACUUAACAGAAAAAUUUCUCCUCAUCUGUCUAGUCAAGGAUCCAAGCUGAAUAUUCGUGGAGAUACUUAUCAAAGGCUAAACUCGAACAACACUUUAACCUUUGGCUUGCCACUUGCACAUAGUACCCUUGGUAAAAGUUACUCUGAUCGUUCUGGAGGGGCUUCUAUAGGGCUUGGUCUGGAUCAUCAAAAUGACUUUUAUUCAAAGAGACUGCGUCAAUUGGCAGGAGCUAUGUGUACUACCAGUACACCCCCAGUUAAACCAACAAACUUAUUUUUUCAACAACUGGACUCUACCUCUACUAGUCAGUCAGUAACGCUUCAUCUGGGAAAUGCCAUGGCUACUACACCAAACCAAAAAGAAAAUAACCAGCCAGAAUCAACUGUGUUUCAUUUAUGUGAGUUUUGUGGAAGAUCUUUUAAGUUUCAUGAAGGCCUAAUGGCUCAUCUCAAAUUACAUACCUAUGAAAAUAUCUACAAGUGUCACAUUUGUAACCAGGCCUAUUCACAAGACAGUAAUCUAAAACGGCAUUUAAAAAUACAUCAACAACAUGGAACAGAAUCAGAGGUAUUAAGUGUUCAUUCAGAAAGGUCUACUCCUGAUGCUAACCAGAAUAAUGAAGGAAAGAUCAAACUGGAGAGAGAGGAAGGUGACCUGGAAGAAAAAGCAGAGGAAAAGUUUGAAAAACAUGUUCCUGAAAAUAUCUCAACUUUUAUUGAGUGAAGUUUUUCAUCAGAAAAAACUUCACUGAGUGAAAC